GGCGUGACGUAGUUUGGUUUCCAUGGCAACGUAGCGGUCUUUCUGCUUUGGGGAGUGUCCAGCACGGUCUCCGGUCUCCGAAAACCAGUAAAAUUCCAGUGGAUUUUGAUAGUAAUAGAGGGCACCUGGGAGUGAGGAACUCUACCCAAGGGCUACUGAAGGCGAACAGGCAUCAGAGCAGGAAACAUGAGUGCUGAUCCCAAGAGAAAGCCACUUGUGCAGACCGUUCAUGACUUCUGAGCACAUUCACCAGAGGAACCCAAGGAUACAUCUUUUCCAUAAUGUGGAAUGACCUGACACACAGACACCCUUCACUAAAAGUCCUUAUCUGUAAGAACUGCUUUAAGUAUUACAUGAGUGGUGACAUUAGCCGUGACUCAGAUGGAACAGAUGAGCAAUGUAGAUGGUGUGCAGAAGGGGGGACCUUGGUUUGUUGUGAUUUUUGCCAUAAUGCCUUCUGUAAGAAAUGCAUCCUGUACAACCUUGGUCGAAAAGAACUAUCUACAAUACUGAAUGAAAGCCAUCAAUGGCAUUGCUACGUGUGUCGCCCAGAGCCUCUAUUGAACUUAGUCGCUGCAUGCAAUGGUGUAUUUGAGAAUUUAGAACAAAUGUUGCAAAAAAAUAAGAAGACAGAAGUUAACAGGGAAAAGAAUAGUGAAGUAUGUGACCAUACACCCAUAGCUUCUCCAAGGAAGAACAGUCUUGGAUGUAAUGGAGAAAAAACAAAAUUAGAUAAUUCGUGUUCUGAUUCUGUACCCUGUGCUUACUCUUCACUAAUUGUGCCCCAAGAGAUGAUAAGGAAGACAAAAGAACUGAUUGAGAUAACAUCCAACACAAACUCCAGCUAUAUUAAGUUUUUAAAACAGGCAGCAGAUAAUUCAGAAAUGAGUUCUUCUGUGAAGUUAUGUCAGCUUAAGGCUUUUAAAUCUGUGUUGGCUGAUAUCAAGAAGGCUCAUCUUACCUUAGAAGAUGACUUGAAUUCAGAGAUUCAAGCUUUGGAUGCUGUAUCUAAAGAGACAACUACCAAAGAUCUUAAAAUUACAGAUGUUUAUUCUAAAACAAAAAUUCAAAAGGGGAGAAAAUCCUGUGCUACAGAAAAUCAAUGUUUUUUAAAGUUGGAUGCUAGAUCAACAACGAAGAUAAUGGACAGCAAGCAUUUCACAGUAGAGGAUCGAAAAGCAAAUAAAAGCGAAAAUAAGAGAUCAAGUAGGAAAGAUGGACCUCAGAAUGAACCCACUAACACUUACGAAGACUUAGGCAUAGAUAUUGUGUCUGCUUCUUCCUCAGUUCCUGAAGACAUUUUUGACAGCCUUGAGACUGUUAUGGAAGUUCAGAGUUCAACUGAUUAUGGAGGAGGAGAUAGCAACAGUGGGACUGAGCCCGAACUGGAGAGCUCCCCUCUAAAACUGAACUUUCCUUCAAAGGCUAUUAAGUCAAAAAUUACAGCAACAGUACGAAAAGAAAUAUAUGUUAAACUCAACCGAGUGUCCUUUUCUAAUGCCUCAGUUCAAGGCACUGACUUCCAGCAAGUUCCACAAGAGAAAAAUUUCAGUAAACGUUCUGGGGUGGCCCCUGGUUUGGAGAAAUGUGGAGCCAAAGAGGAAAAUAGUAAGAAUGAGCAUUUGGGUGAAAAUAAUGUUGCAUCAGUCAUAGAAGAAUCUGAUCUUCGAAGAUCCUUACAUGUAAAAACCAAACGCUUGAGGCAACAGACAGAAGCCAGCCUUUCAAUAUCAAAUUCAGAUGAAGAAAGCAAUGAAACCAUUAAAGAGAAGAAAUGCUUGUCAGUUCUGAUAAGAAGAAAGGCUAAGCAAAAUUAUUCAUUUACUGCUAUUGAUAACCCUAAACCUCAUAAGGUGCCCAAAUCGAAGCAAGCAAGGAUUGUAGAUCAAAGUUCCGAUUCUGAUGAAAUCCAAGCAGUCCUGACAGAGGUAAGCCAGAUGGGUCACUGUUCUUCAGACACUGGCAUUAAUGAAAUACAGGUAAUUCAUAAAAUUCAUACAGGGAAAGAUACUAAUGACAAAAGAAAACGUAGAAGUUCCACUUCAGGUUCAGAUUUUGGUAUUCAAAAGGAGAAGCCAACUAAAAGCUCUAUAAUCUCUAAAAGGACAUGCCAAAACUACCCUGAGUCUUCUCAUUAUGACUCAGAACUCAAAAGAAAGAUAAAAAUCAUGAGCACCAUUGGGCUAGACAGAGUGAUCAGGAGGAGCGUUUCAAAUAAGAAAGACUGUGACUCUUGUGAAGAUGAAAUGCAAAGUAAAAUAGCAGUGGAUACUGAAAGAAAGGAAAGCGUGAACACUGAGCAAGGCAUGUCUGAUGACACUGAUGGGAAGUGGGAAGAGAACUUCACUGGAACAGACGAUUUGGUCAAGAAAUGCAAGCGUGAGGUGGAAUUGGGAGAGGUGCCUUAUAAGAAGCAGCUACAUGUUUCCUCUGAUGGUACUGAAAAACCUUCAGGGCUGGAAGGGAAUGUGAAUAUUCCUGAGGACAAAAUACUUGCUAAAACUAAAGAAAAUAUUAAACACCUGAAAAUCAAAGCAUGUAGAACCGUACAGAGUGGUUCAUCCGAUGCUACUGAUAAAUUUCCAAAGAAGGAAGAGAACCAUGAGCCUCCAGGUUAUAAGAAGCAGACCCGGAAGAAAACUGCAGCAAAAGGAGACAAAACCACUCAUGUGGAGGAAGAAACAGUCAAAGAAGAGCAACAGCAUGAGUCUUUAUCAGAUGCUCCUGAGAAAUUCCCUGAAGGAGAAGAAACUGCUCAUUUUCUUCAAGGAAUAGAAAAAAGUAAGAAUGACAAUACGGAUGGAGACAAUAAAAGCAAAAGAAUAAAAGAUAAAUUAUCAAAAAAUAAGAAAGAGCUAUCUGAUAGUGUUGAGCAGUUUCGAGGAAGAGGAGAUAGUUGUGACUCUUCAGAAAAUAAAAAGAAUAAGAAUGAAGCGCCUGGUGGAGAAAAAGAAAAAUGCAUUUUGCCUGGAAAGAGUUCAAGGAAAAGGCCAGCAUGUUUAUCUGAUACUGAAAAUUAUCGUUUGAAAGGAGAGUGUUGUGAUUCUGCCACUAAGAGACAGAAAAGAAUUAAAUUGAGAGAAAGAAGAAAUUUAAAUUCAAAGAGAACUGCCCAAGAAACACAAAGUGAUUCAUCAUCUCUUGAUUCUAUGGAAAGUUCAGAAGAUGCUAAAAAGCAGAAAAAACAAAAAACUCCAGACAAAAAGAAGACAGGCAAUGGGACAGAAAAACAAAGUAAUUUCUUAAAAACAACCACUAAAAGCAUGCCAUCAGACAAUACUUCUCCUUCCCAUAAUGUAGAUGAUGGUCAGUAUUCUGUAGGCGAGGAGAGCAGUGAUGAACAGAAGAUAAAGCCUCUGAUAGAGAGUUUGGUGCUGCAUACUCACACUAGAUGUUGUCAGUCUUCAAGAGAUGAUGAUGCCUUAUCAAUACCAGUAUCUGUCAUAGAAGAUAAUGUUGAUGACAGCAGUGAUCCUGAGAAUAGGAUCGCCAGAAGGAUGCUUUUGGAAGAAAUUAGAGCCAAUGUUCUCUCUGAAGAUGAAGAUUCUCUACAAAUGAUGAAUCAUAAGGAGGAUAAAUAAAUAAGUGAACUUUACAACCAAAUGAGGGACCCCAAGAAGAGGAGGAAGGCCCAAAUCAAGUCAAUUCGGAAUCAGAUUCAUCUAUAGAACCCAAGAAGCCAAGAUACAGACAGACUUUUGAACUAUAAACUGCCUGUGAGGAAUGGAGAGUCCAGAGAAGAAAAAGUUCGAAGUCUAAAGAGCAUGAAGCCAACGGCAGAAAUCAAAGGAAGAUGAGCAGUGAGGAGUCACAAUAUACCGGCUUUCAAGAAUCAGUAAUUAGUAGAGAAGUCAAUGAAUCUGAGGAGGGAAAGCAACCAAGGAAAGGGUCUGCACAGAAAGGAGAACUAGAAGAAAAUCAGUAGAAAUACAAGCAGAAAAUUUCAAGAGGGUUCAUCCUGUAAAAAAGAGACAUUCUGAAGAAAGAGUGGGGGAAGAGACAGAACUGGAGGAGGAAACUGAUAAAACUAAGUCAUCUACGAAAGGCAGAAUGAAAAUUUGGAGGAUUCUGAAAGUUGAUAAAACUAAGAGCAGGAAAAAAUAUUCAUGCUAGCAUUUUUCCCAUAAAAUGAGUUUUUUGUGUUUUCCUUCAUCUCCUGUUCUCCUCCAUCACUCUCCUAUCUACUGUCUUACUCUCACUUCUCAUACUUCAUCUUGCCCUACUUCUACGUUCUCUAGUACUUCUCAUUUAUUUAGUGUAGAAAAGAAUUAUAUCAUUCUACCACUUUCCUACCUCCUUUCAUAUACCCCUCCUUGCUCUCUUUCAAAUCUGUGGCCUUUUAAAAUGAAUUGUUGUUACACACAUCUAUGUAUUAGUAUUCAAAUAUAUAUUAUUAAAUACAUAAAUAUAAAUCA